AUGGCGCUUCUUUCUAAGAACAAGCUUAAGUUCAUUGAUGGUACGAUUCAAGCUCCUACUGCUACUGGCCCCUUUUUUCCUGCUUGGGAACGUUGCAAUACCAUGGUAAUUUCUUGGCUGCAUCAUUCCAUUCCCCUGCCAUUGUUACGAGCAUUUUGUGGAUUGAUUUUGCUUAUGAGAUUUGAUGUAUUGCUUCAAUUUCGGCCUGUUCCUUCCUGCUCUUGCCAUCAUCCUUGUUCUUGCGGGGCUCUCACUAUCCUUCAUCGUUAUCACGAAAAUGACUGCGUGAUUCUGUUCUUGACGGGUCUUAAUGACUGUUUUGCUGGUGUUCGCUCUCAAAUUAUGUUGAUCCAUCCCUUGCCUUCUUUGAAUAAGGCUUUCUCUAUGGUGAUGCAACAAGAGAGGCAGCUAACGCCAGUUUCUUCUCAGGUUUUUACCAGCAACAUUGUUCGCCAGCCCUCCUCCGCUCGCAAGCCACAAAAUAAAUCCUCUGUUGAUAGCCGCCAGUGCACUUAUUGUGGUGGCUCUAGCCACACGAUUGACACCUGUUACAAGAAGCAUGGUUAUCCUCCCGGCUAUAAGAGCAAGCGGCCAACCUCACGUGUUAACCUUGCAGUUGAUGAGAAGCAGCUUCUGGCUUUGCUCCCAUCUUCAUCCCAGUCUUCCCAUAUUACCAAUCAGGCCCUUCCCUCUAUGAAGAUGAUUGGUACAGCUAAGGUGUUCAAUGGCCUCUAUGUCCUUGAGUUGCUUAUCCUUCCCACUCCAUCUUCUUCCACCAAAGUGUUUGCAGUCACGUCUGUCUCUCCUGUGUCCCUCUGGCAUCAUCGCCUUGGGCAUUUGUCUGACUCCAGAUUAAAAUCGUUAUAUUCGAAUCUUUCCUCUUCUCCCUUUGGUGCUAAUUUGCCUUGUAAGACUUGUCACUUAGCUAAACAAAAUAAGCUUGUUUUCCUCUUAGUUAAUCUGUUUCUAAAGCUCUUUUUUAUUUGA